AUGGAUAUGUAGCUUCCCACACACAGAAAAGAGAACCGACCAUGAAAACAUUAUGUGUGUUUCUGUUGCUUGUAUUGCUGGAGUCUUCUGCCGGAUAUAGAUUAGGUCCGCCACUAUCAGCUUGUUCUGAUAUGUAUCCAACAGGUCAUAAUAAUUCAUCACAGACAAUAGCAUCACCAUUCACUUUUAUAUUAAAUACGACAACAUACAGACCUGGGGAUGUGAUUAAAGUAUUUCUUAAUUCGUCUGGUGAUUGGUUUAUGGAGGGAGCAUUGAUACAGGUUCGAGCUAAAAACUGUAAAGGUCUCACAGUUCCGGCUGUUGGCACGUUCUUUACGGAGGAAAACGAAGAUUUCCUAGAAACGUUCAACUGCUUCGGAGAAACAGCUAGUGCACUCCGCCACUACGCGCACUAUCACAUCUACAAUAGAACAUUCUACUGGACGGCACCGUCGGUGUCGGUCGGGGAUGUACAUAUCAGGUAAACAAUUAUCUUAUUUCAAAAGAUCAACGUGACUACAUGUAUACGUCAGUAA